CGUAAGGUCCGCAAUGAUGGUUCCACCUUCUGACUGGUCGCCGCGUUUAUCCAAGGCGGUGGAAUUCCAGCCCUGCCACUCCCAUAACGCUUGCACAAACCCAACGAUAAUCAUACCCAUAGCACUCAUACCCUCUUAUCAGAGUCAUGCGCACUUCGGACGAUCUAAGGUCACACGAGGAGUUUGGGCCCACUGUAACACCAGCAAGUGAACUCCACCUCCACCUGCACCUUCCCGCACCACCCCGCAAUCCCCACAAUCACCAUCAACACCAUCUUGGAACAACGACAAUGGCAUCCUCAACAAAGAAAUACGCCGUUGAUUUCCUCUCAUUCGUCAAUGCAUCUCCCACGCCUUUCCACGUGGUCGAGUCCGUCAAACAGCGGCUGCUGAAGGCGGGCUUCUGUGAGAUCCGCGAGAGGGACCCGUGGGCAAGUACGGUCAAGAAGGGUGGGAAGUAUUUUCUCACACGCAAUGGAUCGACUAUCGUUGCCUUUGGGGUCGGGAGUAAGUGGAAGCCGGGAAAUGGAAUGGCUCUACUCGGUGCCCAUACGGAUUCGCCGGCGUUGAGGAUCAAGCCCGUUUCGAAGAAGUUUGGGGAGAAUGGAUCGUACAUCCAGGUUGGUGUCGAGACGUACGGAGGUGGACUCUGGCACACGUGGUUCGACCGCGACCUCUCGAUCGCCGGGCGGGCUAUGGUUCGCGACAAGGGGGGAAACAUCGUCUCCAAGCUCAUCAAAGUCGACAGUCCGAUCCUCCGCAUUCCCACUCUCGCAAUCCACCUCGACCGACAAGAAAACUUCACUUUCAAUAAGGAAACACAACUCUUCCCUAUCGCUGGCCUCGCCGCCACAGAGCUCAAUAAAACCCCCGAUGCCCCCACCGACACGAAAGAAAUCAGCAAGGACCCCAACUUCCAGCCGCUAUCCGCGAUCACUGAGCGUCACCAUGCGCCGGUCGUUGAACGUAUCGCGUCCGAAGCCGGCGUCGAGGUUGCGGAUAUCAUCGACUUCGAGAUGAUUCUGUACGAUACUCAAGCAGCCGUCCUCGGUGGUCUCAACGAUGAAUUCAUCUUCUCUGGGCGCCUCGACAACCAGAUGAUGUCCUACUGCGCGACCGAAGGUCUCAUUGAAUCCGUCACCUCCCUCGACGAUGAAUCCGCUAUCCGCCUCAUCUCCCUCUUUGACCACGAAGAAAUCGGCUCGCAGACUGCACAGGGCGCAGACUCCAACCUCCUUCCCGCCGUAAUCCGUCGCCUCUCCGUCCUCCCAGGCGACUCCAGCUCCCCUCCACCGCCCUCCACAUCUGCCUACGAAGAGUCUCUAAUCAAGAGCAUGCUCUGGUCCUGCGACCAAGCACACGCCGUACACCCCAACUACGGUGCAAAAUACGAGAGUUCCCACAGGCCAAACAUGAACUCCGGACCGGUGAUCAAGGUCAACGCUAAUGCCCGUUACGCCACUAACUCCCCCGGAAUAGUGAUGACGCAGGAGAUCGCAAGACAGGCUGGUGUGCCGCUGCAGCUGUUCGUUGUGCGCAACGACUCUUCGUGUGGAUCCACUAUCGGCCCCAUGCUCAGUGCGGCCCUCGGUAUGAGAACCGUCGAUAUGGGGAAUGCGCAGUUGAGCAUGCACAGCAUUCGUGAGACCGGUGGUUCCCACGAUGUCGAGCAUGCGGUGAAGCUCUUCAAGAGCUACUUUGAGCACUUUUCUACGCUGGAGCCAAAGAUUAUGGUGGAUUCUAUUGAUGCGUGAAGUGACCAUUGGUGUAUCCAUAAGCAUAGCAGUAGAAUUACAAUUCAUGACAGGCAUUCACGGA